CGCAGAGCGCGCGGCACUCCGCUGCUCCCACAGAGUUGAUCAGUGUCCGGAUACCUGAUGGAUGAAUGGGAUGGACGAUCGAUGACCGAUCAGUUAAACCGCACGCGGGCACUCACAGAGCGGAGACUCGGAUCGGUUCAGUAUUGAUUAUCAGUGAAUGUUACGGAGCUGACAGCGCAAGCGGAGUUGUGCGCUUCAAACCAAGCAGGACUCUACUUUCUUUAUCCAUCCAUCCUCGUCCUCCGGGAUGAAGACUCCUCUCAGCCCCUCUCAGUUCCUGGACAGUGGGCACAUCUUUGGCUUUGGAGGGAUGUGUCAAGAGCUGAUGGACACGCCCACACCUACAUCCAUCAGUCUCUCUGUCCCACACGCUACAUCCUCAGGUCAGAGCGGGACGUACUCGCUGUGUGAGGUGUGUAACCUGCAGCUGACCUCUGCUGCUCAGGCCCAGCUGCACUACAAUGGCAGGUCUCACCUCCGGAGAGUGAGACAGCUGCAGGCUGGAGACAACAGGCAGCAGGCAGCAGGGACCCAGUCCAGGUCUCUUCCCCAGGUCACAGGGCUCAGUUCUCAGCCUGCAGGACUAACUCCGACUCCCGGCUUAAGUUCAGGCCUCAGCGCUCCUUCCAGCACGACUGCAGGAAGUGGGAGUGGUGCAGUGGGCGGAGCGUUGCCAGGUCUCAUAGGUGCCACUGGUCCUUCAGUCAUGAUGAAACCCUUUCUGCCGUUUCCUGUUGAGACAACGUCACCAGUUGGACUUUUCCCAAACUUCAACACGAUGGACCCGGUGCAGAAGGCUGUCAUCAACCACACCUUUGGCGUUACCAUGGUACCUAAAAAGAAACAGGUCAUCUCCUGUACUGUCUGCCAGCUGAGGUUCAACUCUGAUUCUCAGGCUGAGGCUCAUUACAGAGGAAGUCGUCACGCAAAGAAGCUCAAGUCUCAGGAGAACAAAGCCAAGGCUAAGCUGUCAAAUUCUGCAGAAACCAAUGGGAGCGUCUGUAAUCCUGCUGGCCCCGCCCCUCUUGUCUCAGCUGUCCCCGUCCCUCUUGUCUCAGCUAACAGCAGCACUAAUCAACACACAGAUUUCUUAUCCAGAACCGCAGACACUCCGUCUCCUGUCAAAUCUUUCCUCCUCCCCUCUACCUCCCCUCUCUCUUCCUCCUCCCCCUCUUCUAGUAGAGCAGGCAGUGAGCCUCCUCCAUCCAGCCCCCCAUCGGGACUCCCAGCUCCAGGCCUCUCUUCCUCUUCGUCGUCCUCUUCUUCCAAAGUGUCUUCCGCUUCCGCUUCCGCUCCUGUCACCACCUUGUCUUGCCCUGCUCCCCUUCCACCUGCACCCUCCCAGGAUGCUUCACCUUCAGUGGAGUCAGAAGAGGAGAAGGCAAAAAAGCUGCUGUAUUGUUCUCUUUGUAAAGUUGCGGUCAACUCGCUCUCUCAGCUGGAGGCGCAUAAUGCAGGUUCAAAACAUAAAACAAUGCUGGAGGCUCGUAGUGGCGCUGGGCCGAUCAAAGCCUACCCUCGACCUGGAGCAAAGCUGAAGAACGGCAGCAGCUCGGGACUGAAGGGCUCCGGCCUGCAGAACAAAACCUUCCACUGCCAGAUCUGCGAUGUCCAUGUCAACUCUGAGAUCCAGCUUAAACAGCACAUCUCCAGCAGGAGGCACAAGGACAGAGUGGCAGGAAAACCCAGCAAACCCAAGUACAGUCCUUACAACAAACAGCAGCGCGGCUCACUCACUAAGGAGCUGGUGAAGCCUGCGCUCUCACCUUCAUUCCUCUCCACUCCUUUUGCUCCACCAUCUUCUCCGCUCACCCCCUCUCUAUCACUCCCUCCAUCCUCUCUGUCCUCUUCCCCCCUCCUCACACCCACAUCCUCCCCCCUCACACCUGCAAUCUCUAUCCACCCUCGCCCUCCGUCCUCUUCCCCCCUUUUCACAGCCUCCUUCCUCCGUCCAGCACCUGGACCAAUCAGAGCGAGCCAAGGAUCGAUUCUCUUCACGCCGUACUGAUGCCAGCAGAAGCGGGAAGUCAUACCAGCGAACUUUGACCUCUGACAUGCUUUUUGUUGCCACUACGGAGACAUGGGAGACAUCGCAUUAAGACUGCAGGGAUUCAAACUUGCAACCUCCCCACUAAGAAAGUUGUGAACUGACUCUUGCUGACCAGAAGAGGAGAUGUACGUUUAAAUAAUCCUGAACCUGGAUGAA